AUGAUGUCAACUAAACGACAGUUUAAGCCUGUACUCCAGAGUACCACUUCGCUGAUUAUUCUUCUGGUAUCAGUGCUUGGCGUCAUCCUGCUAAUCAUUGGAAUCUCAAUUUGGUCGGUCACCAUAGCAACAUGGAUGACACUAGAAAACAACAUCACCAUGGCAACACAUGUUGAUACAGAUGAUGCAAGCUUUUUUAAAGGAUUCACGUAUCCACGACGGACGAGACCAUCGAUCGCUGAUCCAAAAAGAUAUAAACACGCUGCUGUGACGUCUGACGUGGUCGAAUGUUCUAAAGUUGGUAGAAAUAUAUUAAAGAGAGGGGGUAAUGCCGUUGAUGCUGCUAUAGCUACAACCUUUUGUAUGGGUGUUGUUAAACCCUCUCUCACAGGGCUUGGUGGUGGUUUGUUUAUGUUACUAAAGGACUCAGAAAGCGGCGUUGUAAAAGUAAUAGAUGCUAGAGAGACUGCACCGCUUCUAUCAAAUAAAACGAUGUUCGUUGGGAGGAUGGAGGAUUCAAAAAUAGGUCCAUUGUCUGUAGCAGUACCAGGCCUUGUACGAGGACUAUGGAAAGCAUUUACAAAGUUUGGGUCGGGGCAAGUGACAUGGAUUGACCUCUUGGCACCGUCCAUAAAACUGUGCAAAGAAGGCAUUGUCGUUACAGACGAAUUGGAAAAAGAUAUACGAUUGGCUGUUAAUGUGAUUCAAAAUGCUGGAAAGGAAUAUCGUAUGGGAGCACCUUUCCAUAAUAAAGCUGAAGGAAGACUUUAUAAAGCAAGAGACAUAAUGUUUAGACCAAAACUUGGAGCAUCUCUACAACAAAUAGCUGCUGACUCAUUAAGCUUGGAUAGAACAAUUGCAAACGAAAUCCAAAUGAUGGGUGGAAUCAUAACAGAACAAGAUUUAAAAAGCUACAAUGCCAUUGUAAAGGAUCCACUGGUGACACAGCUCCAAAAUGGAGAUCUCAGUGUGUAUGGUGUCCCUCCGCCAUCAAGUAGUGCCGUCCUGCAAUAUAUAUUGAAUAUUUUAGAUGGAUAUAACUGCACUGGCUCCAUUAAAAAUGAGUUCGAAAGUGACUCGAGAUCGAUUCCUUGCCACCACCGAAUCAUAGAGAGUUUUAAAUGGGCGUAUGCAAAACGAGCAAAAUUAGGUGAUGAAGAAUAUGUUGACCAAAAACAUAUUCUUCUAGAAAUGCUAUCACGGAGAACAGCCGCACAGACCAGAGCUAAAAUAUUCGAUGACCAGACCUUUAAUGUUUCGUACUAUGGAGAAACGUUCUAUGACAGACUUACUAAAGGAACUGCUCAUACUUCUGUAGUUGAUAAAAAUGGUGGCAUAGCAGCCUUCACAUCAUCUCUAAAUUUUAUAUUCGGUUCUGGUUUAGUGGGAAAUACGACUGGCAUUGUUUACAAUGACGAGAUGGACGACUUCUCUACUCCAUUGACAAAGAAUUUAUAUGGCUUUGUUGCAUCUCCUGCCAAUUUUAUUAAACCUGGAAAACGCCCAUUAUCAUCGAUGGCACCAAUACUUAUACUUGAUUCUACUACUAACAAAGUUAGGCUUGUGCUGGGUGGUACUGGCGGAUCCAGAAUACCUACAGCUACAGCAUAUGUAGCUGUUCGGUAUUUAUGGCUUGGUGAAGAUAUACAAACUGCCAUAUAUAACCCAAGGCUACACCAUCAGCUUCUGCCGAACGAAAUCUUCCAGUAUGGUGAUUUCCCAAAAAAUAUUCUACGAGGUUUGUCCAGUAUUGGCCAUAGCAUUAAAUAUGCGUAUGAUUUCAUUGAUAUGGUACAAGGUAUAUCUGAGAUAAAUGGGACUUUAGAAGCAGCGUCUGAUUACAGAAGGAUUUGUGGAACGGAUGGAUAUUAAGUUAAUGUCGCAAAACGCGAUGCACGGUUGUAGAGACUGCCGUCUCGAACGAUCGCAACCUCGUGGUUACGUACAUCGCCCAAUCGCCCAAUUAUAUAUAUAUAAUCUGCUUCUGUGUCCUCGACACUGUCCGAGCUCUGGCUAAAAAUGUCUAUUGAAUUUUUUUUAUAUAAUUUUAAGAAAAAUGUUAUGUUUAAUUAAAUAUACUACCGAUGCAGACUGGUACAGUAUACAAAACAUCGGAGCGGAUUUAUAUAGGGAUUGGAGUUACCUGUGUGCUUAGUGUGAUGAUAUAUGAUUAGCACUCCAUACGAUCUGUAGUCAACAUAAGUAUUAUUACUGAAGAAUUGUAUUGAAUUAUUCUUACAGAUCACGAUAACAAACAAUAGCUUAUUAAGGUACACGUAGCUUACGUAAAUAUCAAUAUUAGGGAGGUCAGGCUACACGUUUU